GCUGGCUCCGGGCGGAUGGAGGCGGCGAAGAGGUCGAGACUGAGACUGAGCCGCCGGAGACCACCCUCGGGGGUCCGGUCCCCGAGCAAGCCCCCCGGUUCCCCUCCGGACGGCGGCGAGUGUGCGCGGCCGUGGGCUGAGCUGCUGCGCGCCGCAUGUGCGGAGCUGAACGUGGACGGCGAGCCGCCGCCGCUGCCCGCGUUCCCCGGCCAGGAGCCCAGGCGCAGCCCUGAGCGCGCGCCCCCGGAAAGCUUCAUCGUGGGAACCGAGACCUUCUCCUGGACGCCCUUCCCGCCGGCCCCGCGGCGAGGCGGGGACCCAAGCGACUGCGACCGGGUGCUCCGCGAGGCCCUGGGGCGCACGGGGUCCUCCGCCUGGUCCCCCCAACGACACCCCGCGCCCGAGCCCCGCGGGACCUCCAGCGCUGAGGAGCAGCCGUCCGUAGAGGGGUUGCCGACACUGCAGAGCUGCCCCAUGUGCCAGGCCGUCUUCGCCCCCAGGCUGACCCAGCUGGACAUUGAGAGCCACCUGGCCCAGUGCCUGGCGGAGAGCACGGACGACGUGGUGUGGUGAGCAGCCCGGCCCACGGCUCCCCCUCCACCGGCUGGGCCACCGCCCCUCCGCUCUGCGUCCCCCAAAGCUGUGUAUUAGAGCGCGUCAGCGUGAGGCGUUCACGUCCCGCGUCUGUGUUGAGGCCAAAACAUCGGGUCCUUUUUCCUUUUGGGGUGAUGCUGAGCAGCGUGGUGACUGAAGUGGACAGAGCAGCCCAGGCAGGUGACAGACAGUGUCACCAGCCGUUCGGUAUUUGUACCCAGGUUGGCAGAACGGACGCUUUGCUCACCUCCGACUGGCUCCCAUUUCACGACCGUGUUUUAACCCCCGGGUGAACCUGCUCCUUCUGCAGCUGUAGGUUACUGCCCGCAAGGAAGACACUGUCACUGGUGCCUGUCACCACCCGCAGGGGUUCGGAGCAGCUCCCCUCAAGUCGGGAAUUCACGGGGAGGGACAGGCCCGCCUGCCGGCAUCUUGUGUGAGCUGUGUCUCGUUCGUGCUCUCAGUGCCCACGGGAAGCAGGGCCAGGGAGCGGGUGCGGGUAGUUUUCCUUCCGGCGCUGUUGGCCCACAGGUUCUGGAAGAGCCUCGUCUCCAGCACAGCCACAGCGGCUGCAGCACCGGUGGGAGGGAGGGGGUAGGAUGUGGAAGCCUAAGGCUAACCCCCAGAAGUUGGUAUUUUCCUUUCAAAAAGGGCUUCAGACGAGCCAUGAAAAGACACAGAGGAAGCGUCAGUGCACGUUUCUCGGUGAAAGACGCCGAUGUGAAAAGGCUACACGUGUGGUUCCAACUCUAGGACCUUCUGGGACGGGCGAAAGCCAUGGAGACGGUGAAAAGACCAGUGGUCCCCAGGGGCUGGCGGGGAGAGGGCAGAGACAGGCAGAGCACAGGGGAGUUUUAGGGCAGGAAAACACUCUGAACUACAAGGGUGGUUACGCAAUACGUGUAUCAAGCCUGGGUCCAAACCCACAGAAUGUACUGCUCCCAGGUGACGCAGCAGAGCAGGUUCUUCCCUGGUAGCAAAUGCACCCUCUACGGGGAUGCUGGGAGACGGAGGCGGCAGCGGGGCGGGGGGGCGCGUGCGAACUCUGUACCGUACCCUCACUCUUGCUGCGAACCUAAAACUGCUCUGAAAAAUAAAAUCUGUUUUUCAAAAGUGGCUUCAGGAGCCUUUGCUCCUGGCGACGCCUACUUCUAAUGAAAACGACAACAGCACGCACUGUCAUUAACGUCUUUAAUAAUGUGCAAGACACGAGCGGGUGUGGCCUCGGUGGGCACCCCCUCUGCAGGAGGAAAGCCAUGGCCACGUGCGCCGCCAUUCACUGUACAAACCACAGGGACGCGGUUACCUCUUUACAGUUCUGACGGCCCCAGUUUCCAAGAACCGUAUCAAAAGGACACCGUAUCGUGACUGGAGCCGCUGGAAAAUGUUAAUGAUUUGUUUCCAAACCCCGCCUCAGCACACCCUUCACCUUCAAUUUAUAAAAACAAGUGACUGUGCACAAAAUCUCCCCUCCCCAGGAGCACAGGUCACGCACAUGUCUUGUACACGAGCGACCGCACUGGUGACCGGGAAGCUGUUUGGCAGCACCGCAACCUUGAUACAAAUGCCUUAGGUUUGAACAGAUCCGUGGCCCCUGUGCUGUCUGAGCAAAGAUGUCACCAUACCCGAUGCAGCACGCGACCCCUGUUGGGAGGAAGGGGGCUCCUGAGGCCGUCCGUGACCCUGUCCUGGGCAAGCGGGGUCUCCCCCGCCCAGGCGACCUCGCAGCCCUCACGCGUGGCUCCAGGACGACGUCACCGCGGGGCUGCCACGCCCCUCAGGCCCAGGCAGCUCUGACUCUGGUCCGUGGUCCCUCAUUUCCGUCUCUGGAGGUGGGUCCUGGUCACAACUGGGGUGCUGGUUGGGACAAGCCUACACGUUCCAUGGACACUGCUCUGCCACCGGGGUCAGGGGCCUGGGGAGGCUGGCGUGUCUGCGGAGGGUCACGGUGAGGCCGCAGCUUCUCUGUUAUCCUUUAAUUACCGUGAUCCGCCCGAGGCCGCAGACACAUGGAGAGAAGCAAGGC